GAAUGCAAAUAUAUAAAAAAAAAAUGCUACAAACCUUCUGCGGCUAUGACGCUGCGCAGAUAGGGGCCAGGUCUACGGCGUCAACUUCAAGGCGGCCUCCAGAGGUCAUGCCUUUUCAGACACUCGCGGCGACGCAUGCGCCACCAGCGAGAUUACACUUCACAAGACCGCUUUCCACAUCAGGACAGCUAUCCUCUCGCGAGAGGCUCUGGCGGCUGUUGCACGCGGCCUUGCAAUCACACAUACACUCACAGGAUCACUUGCGGCAGACUGCGUUCUGUGCAAGACCAGUGCGCUUUUCAACUGCAGCGAAAAUUUUUCACUCGCAGUCAUCUACGACAGAAAUCGCAUCAGCCGAAGUCCUAAGCCGAGGCCUGCAUUAUCUUGUCAACUCGCAGUCUUAUUGUACCGCGACCCAUUCACUCCACUUGCCAGGAACUUGUGGAGAGACUCAAAGGGUGUUUUAGCGGGUAUGCCGCAGGAAAGGAGUAGCUUGCUGCUUCAAGGCCUGUAGGAGAAUCCCGCACUGUUCGUCUGUUC